AUGACAAGGUAUUUUGUGUUGAGCCCCAGUAGGGAAUUUAGAAGUCGACAAAGUUCCUCUCAUCAAAGUCCUUCUCAUGAUCAUCCUAAUGGUGAUCUCUCCUCCUCCACUGUAAAUGCAGAAUCCUUCCAACCUCUCUCAACCUCUUCUCUACUCUCCGAUCAAGAGGAUCCUCUUCUCGCUUGCCAUUUUCCCUUCAUUGCCCUUUUCAACCAAUCCUCCUUCCUUCCUAGACUUUGGGACAAGGUGUUGCAUCUUCUCGUCCUCCUUCAAACUGCCUUGUGCUUGUUAAUAACUGCUUUUGUGCAGUUUUAUAAAGCUCUUCUCUCGACGAUGGCUUCCUCAACAACACGAUUGUACAUAGAACCAAAGAAUCAUGAAAGGUCGAGUCGACAAGUUUCAGAAGGCAAAUGUUCCACGGACGUCCAAAUCUCACCUUCUUCCCAUGAACAAGCUUCUGAACAUGAUCAGCUCGAUCAUUCACUGAUAUCAGGUGAUGCUCAAGAAGCUCUUCCAGCUGUAAAAGUGAUAAUGCACACGGACAGACAUGACCAUCAUCACGACAAUGGCAGCACUAAUGAGACGCUAAACGAAACCAAGGUAUUGAAAAUAGUCGUGGCAGCUUCAAACACCAUUCAUCGCAUGGUACUGAUCAAAACAUUGAAACGCCUUGGACAAGAAAUUAUACUCAGUGUUAACGACGGAAAGCAAUUAUUGGACACCAAAGAACUUGUUCGUGGUCAGGUCAAUGUUGUUUUCAUGGAUGAAGAAAUGCUCAAGCAAAUGGAGCAGAAUCAUCCCUUAGAAACUCGUCAACUUCUUCAAUCCAUGAGGAAGAGACGUACCAACCUGGUGAUUGUUUCCAAUGAAGAGAAGGUUCAAUCUUCAUCCACCAUUCCAGGUUGCAGCGAGAAUUCACUGAAUCGAGAACUUCCAUUUUGUUCCAAACUAAGGAACCCUUUAACAAUGAAAGAACUGGAAGAGGUCAUUAAGGAAAUUCAUUCGAUAGUACCGCCCUCCCCUUCAACCUGUUCUUCCUCAAUUGUUCAGAAUUGUUCCAAUAAACUGUGA